AUGCCAUACACUGCGCCAUUGAAGUCGUUGCUCUCCGCGCAGCACAUCGAGUACUGUGAUUCUCCCGAAGCUCGCGCGGAACGCCCUGGUCUGGUCCGAUCAGUGUCCGCGCGUGUGCAGGGCUCGCGCUCCUACUCUUCUACUUCGUACGUCCGCCGACACCGCAGGAGUCCGUCAAUCUGCAACAAGUCGACCUCUCCGUCAGUCCCCGCCACCACUGAACAAUGCUGCGAUUCCACCCGGGGCGGUGAUCUCACCCCCGAAUCGGCGCCGAACUCUGACGAGGAGUCAUCUCCGUACGGCGGAGACGGUAUCAAGCUCGAGGAGCUGGAGGCUGCGGUCCGGUCGAUUGAACAACACAAGGAAAGUUCGCCGGAAAGAACACCAGAGAAGAUGAGACCUACAGAGGAGCUGGGAACGGACUUUCGAUCCUCUUCGUGUCAACCAUCGGCACCAGCAAUGGAGCUGAAGAUCCCCAAGCCGAACCACAUUCGCCUCUCGAAAGAGGCCCGAAAGAUCGCCCACUCGCGAUCCGCCACCGAGACCGCCAUUGAUUACAAGAGAGAGGAAGCAUUGACCAGCUCUCCCGAUGACAGCGAUGCCGACCUUUCACCGAAACCACCCAUGGUGCGAAAGAAGUCGGGAGAAUUGGUCCGUCCAGCUCUUCGACCCCCAGCGGCUCGACGACGACCUUCGAGCAUGCCCGGAACUCCCGUUUACGCCAAGGCAGUGCACUUCGACUCGCAACUGGAACACAUUCGUCACUUCCUGCAGCUCGAUCGACCACUGGCCGUGAGCGCAGAGACAUCGCCAGUCGAGACCCACGAUGCGGAUGGCGAGUUCCCAUUUGGUCGCGGUGCGGGCAAGAGCAAGAGCUCUUCUUCAUGGGAGUGGGAGCUUCGGCUGUCCAACUUCCCCACAGAUCUGUCGUCUCGUGCAAAUAGCCCUGUUCGCCUGGAAAGAUUGUUCCUGUCUGCCGAUAAGAACACCCUGAUCGGCUCGGUCGCCGUGGCUAAUCUCGAUUUCCACAAGCAUGUGGCCGCUCGCUUUACGUUCGAUUACUGGCGAACCGUGUCGGAAGUCAGUGCAACCUAUUGCCACGAUGUUCGGAGUAUCCACGCGCACGACGGCUGUGAUCGCUUCACGUUCGAAAUCAAGCUGGAGGAUCAGGCCAAAUUGGAGAACAAGACGAUGUUCGUGUGCAUCCGAUACACGUCUGCUGGACAGGAAUUUUGGGACAACAACGGGGGAGUGAAUUACCAAGCUGAUUUCCUCAAAUCGCCCAAGGCGACGGUUUCGAACAACAAGCCAGCCACAACUGGAGCUCGCCCUGCCCUUCCACGCAGUCGAUCAUUCACCGGGUCGCACUCCCGCCCGCACUCCAUGCCGGUAUCGUUCGAUGAUCUCCCGGAUGUCACCAAAAACACUCCAUUUUCGAAUCCUUUCAAUUCCGCCAAGUCACCCCCGCUCAGCCGGGCCACGUCGGACGACAUCGACACCGUCGGCCCACCGAAGCGACGCGAGAAGCCGAGCCCGCAGGCUUUCGGCAACCGCUAUGACUUCGGCGCAUCAUUGACUGCUGCCAUGCGGACCAAGCCACCUGUUGAUCGUACCACACUUACUGCGCGGGCCCGAUCGGGUCAGACUUCCGAGGCGAACCCGGCUAGUCCCGUGGUGAAUGAUGCGGAGACAGGAUCUGGCCGGACUUCUCCUGUGAGCGAUGAAGCUCGAGAGGACCUGAAACCGUCCUCACUGGUGUCUAGCAAACCAUGCCUCGAGUCCUCGGUGUACAAAGAGUUGGUGGAUAAAUACUGCUUUUAUGGCUCUCCCAAGGCGUCACCUCCAAAACCCCAGAGCUACUCGGUGAACGUGAAUGGCGAAGCAGCUUCCCGAUACUUUGCCAACGGUACACCCUCGCCACCUCUUUCUCCCCGCUCCCCCGCUCCUCUGGAGCCGGCCGCGACCGGGGGAUCUCGCGAGAAUCGCCCUGCGUCUUCGAGUCCGCGGACCUCCCCCAGGGCUUCUCCUUCCCCCAUGUCCUUCCGCCAUUCCUACCAUCAUUCCCUGCCGAAUGGAUUCAUGAAGGACCCUCAGUCGUCGCCAGUCAUCCGAGGAGAAUUCGAUGUUUCGUUACUGGAGAUGGAUCGAUCGGUUGAUUCGUUUUCUUACCCGCCCCUUGCCCAAUGUGCAUAUGCCCCCUCGUCGGCGCUCAGUGAUUAA